AUGGUGCUUCCUAUGAGAAGAGUUGUUUCUAAUUUAGUCUUCGCGACUUUUACAAUCGCGAUUGGCUGUAUAAUCGGCUGGUCCUUCAGUCUGGGCCGCGCUCCGCCUAUACGACCUUCAGAUUCGUCUGUCAGUGAUCGAAAAGGCUUCCACGAGUUCAUCGACAGAAACCACAUGAACGAAACACUGAAAUCCUUCACUCAGGAAACCAUUAAUCCUGGGGAUGAAUCCAUCACCUCCAGAUUCGUUUUCAACAUCACCAAGGAUUGGAAAGACACAUGCGACCAAGUUGUUAUCAAUUUCUACCGAGUGAUGAUUUCUACCCCGAUUUCAACAACGAUUCGAGAUCAAGGAGGUAGCAUCGUUGUUGAUAGAACAGAUCAAGAUCCGUACAUCGCAUGGUCUUCUGAUAGUAAUCUUACUGGAUCGGUGGUUUCGAAAAUAAUCCCGAUAGAAGCUGGCAGAAUUUGCUAUGGCAAAACUGGAGAAAAGUCUGUGACGGAGCUCGCACUCGAAGCAGAAUCUGCCAACUGCACCGGUCUUUUCGUUGUUCCUGAUUUGAGCAUUUUCAAAGACUUGGACCAAAAUGAUGCUCAGUACGGUUCAGCGCAUUAUGUCAAAGGCGAUAUUUCAACAGACGCGGUUAUUCCUUCGAAUAAUGUCAAUAAUGUUAGAAAGACUGUUGAAGAACUCAAGGAAGAGGGCAAAAUUCCAAAGAUUCCAAUCGUGCCACUCUCCAACGCCGAUUUCGACAAACUCAGCGGAAAGACAGUGACAAUAGACGUAAAAAUGAACACAGACUUGGCGGAAAUUCAGGCGCCAGCCUGCUUCUUUUUCGGCAGCACUGUGCAGGAGAACUUUAUCAUUGUCGACUCGCAAAUGGACGCUUUUGCAGAAGGAGUGAAGGAUGCGAAGAGUGGAUUGGUGAUUCAAAACGAAUUGAUAAAGGCUAUUUACGAAAUGAAAAUGACGGGUUGGAGCAAUAAGAGAACGAUUGUUUUUCAAACUUGGCCGACAUCGCUUCUUGGGUUGAUUGGAUCCGUCGAAUAUCACCAAGAAUACCGAUCGACAAUCGAGCAAUUGUCCAAUGCAUACCUGAGUUUGGACCAGGCGGUGCUUGGGAAAGACAUUUGCCUCUCUCGAGGAUCCCCGUUAUUCAACACCAUCGCCACAAGACUUGCAGAUGAAGUCGAUUGGGACGAUUGUCCGAUCAGCCAAGGCGAAGAUUGCACACUUUUGAAGAAUUGGGAAGAACGGUAUGCAAGACUAGACAGAUCGGCAUUUCCGAAAUUUGAACCUGUCAACGUUGGUGGAAACUUUGAGCCGUUCUUUCAAUCAUCAGGUGUUCCUACACUAGCUUUCCACUGUUUUGAUGAUGGAUGGAAUCCCAACUACCCUCACUAUCAUCCAAGUGGUUUUUCAAAAAAAGAUUCGAUGGAGAAUUUUUUCACAAUGGACCCCAAACUCGACGUUUUAGCUCGCCUGGCAAAGUACGUUCUCUCAGUUAUUGAGGUGCUCGCCGGUCACACAAUCGUGAACUACGAUGUUUAUAGUUAUUGCGAAAGGAUUUACCAGGAAACAAUAAUUCUCAACGAUCAGUAUUCUCAGCUAACGAAAAUGAAUCGAAACACACAACUUCCGUCAAUCCAGGGAAUUCUUAGCGCAUCUCAAGAUCUUCUACAAAAAGCACGAGAAUAUCAAGAUCUUGUGUUACUGGUUACAAGUAAUGAGGACUUCACCGAACAAGAUACGACCAUCCGAUACAUCAAUUCUCUUGAGAGGCUUUUUGAGAGGAACUUGAUCGAACCAAAAAGCGGCGUUGACGGAGAGCACGUUAUCUACGGGAGCAAAUCGAGAUACACCAGGCUCUAUGGAAUCUACCAACUUGAGGGCUUCGGGCAGCUGCUAAGGCUAUUUGAACAAAUAGAAACGUAUAAAAGCCAGUCGCUUGAGAUUCCUGAAGACCUUAUUUACACAUUGCAAAAUGAGUUCGACAUCGUCCAAUAUCAUCUUGAUCAAGCGCACACGAUUUUGGUAAGCUUCCUCAGGAUCAUGGUCAACUAUAAUUAA